AUGACUUAUACUCAUCCCUCUGGAACCAUUGUAACCAUCAAUAAACAAGAGGAAAAUACAUCAUCAUCAUCAUCGUUGUCGUCAUCGUCAGAAGCCACGAAACGUCACAUGAUGUCGCAACAAAUGCAACCUUCGUCCACCAACAACACGCAGAUUUCGUCGAUAGACUCGUAUCAGGGCACAAACUCGUCCACUGCUGAUGAUCUAUCUGCUAAGGAUGUUUCUAUGGCUGAUUUACAGCGGGAACAAUCUCUGGACUACAGUUCUAGAAGAUGCAGUGCGCAGUAUAUAGAGGACGCAAGUUCCAAUGAAAGGGGCUCUUCUAGCUCAUCAUCCGCGUCGUCAACUCCGGGGCAGCAGUCGACUUCUACCACUCCCAUGCAACUUGGAAGACGAUCGACGCUUAUUUUUGAUGACAAUAUGGACGAAGAUAUGCCCGUUUUGAGUCAUAAUGAAGAUGCCGAUGACGAUGGGAAGUUGCAGCAGCAACAACAGGAGCAGCUUCAACAACGGCUUCAACAGGAGCAACUAGUACAGCAGCAACAACAACGACUACCGCAGCAACCACCACAGCCGAUUCUGGUUCCUACAAUAUUUAAGUGGACCGAAGGUGGAAGUAAAGUAUUUGUAAUGGGAACGUUUACCGGAUGGAGAAAGAUGAUAGCACUCAAUGGGCCUUCUCCGACAGAUGGAUCCUUCAGCGUUCAAAUAGCACUUCCUCCCGGUAUGCACCGGUUCAAAUUCGUGGUUGAUAACGAAGUGAAAUGCUCGAAUUUUAUACCCACUGCUACAGAUACAUCUGGACAUUUUGUUAAUUAUCUAGAGAUAAUCCCGUCAGAAAAAGAACUUUAUCCUGAGCUGAACAGAACCAGUUCUAAAGCAUCUUUGAAGUCUACAGGAUCGAAGUUGGGGCUCACCAAAGAUGACGACGAUAUGGGUAAUGGUUAUACUAGAUAUCAUGAAGAUCUGAAACCUGUAUCCAGGAAAAAUGCCGAAUACACCAACUUAAUUCCACCGAUCUUUACAGAUCCUAAAGUGAUGGAGGAGUAUUAUGUGACUCUUGAUAAUAGCCAGAAGAGUGGAGGACACAAUCAGCAAUGGCUUAUACCACCUCAGCUUCCACCCCACUUGGAGAAUGUGAUCUUAAAUAGCUACAACAGUAACGAUAAGGAAAACACCUCCGGAGCUUUGGGUAUACCUAAUCACGUGGUUCUCAACCAUUUGGCCACCACUUCAAUUAAGCAUAGUACAUUGGCAGUGGCAUGUGUUAUUAGAUACAAGAGGAAGUAUGUCACCCAGAUAUUGUAUGCACCAUUACAGUAA